GGAAACAUUUAUUACAUGAUAUAUCAAAAUGAAAUAGACAUCAUGAAAGAGAUUUUUGUCAAGGGACCAGUAGAAGCUGCUUUCAAUGUAUACCUUGACUUUCUCAGUUAUAAAUCUGGAAUCUACAAGCACAUAACUGGACAAUAUUUAGGCGAUGCACCAAUAAGAAUAAUCGGUUGGGGUGAAGAAAAUCAUACACGUUAUUGGUUAUGCUCACAUGUAUGGAAUGAAGAUUGGGGUGAGAAAGGCUAUUUUAGAAUUCUACGUGGUAAAAAUGAAUGUGCAAUUGAAAGUUCAAUUGUUGGUGGUGAAGCACGAAAAUAAUCUAUUCUAAUGUAUCAUCUUAUUUUUCUUUUUGAGUUAAGUUAAUACAUAUUAAAUUUUUAAAAAAGAAUUUCUAUCAUACGAA